UACCAUCAAGCUGAAAGUGUGAAAAAAAGGUUUAAAACCUAAAAGUUGAAACAAAAAACUCUAUUUAAUGAAUAAUGGUGUAUCAAUUGAGAUGAGAGUGAAAUGGUUCUAGAUAACUGAGUACAUCAAUUUCAAUAUGGCUUACACUGCAGAAAAUGUAGAACAGGCAGUGCUCCAGUUUUACCAGCAGUCUAUGGUUCAUCCACAGAUACAUGAAUGGUUAACUAAAGCACAAAUUUCAACAGAAGCAUGGUCAUUUUCAUGGGAACUUAUGGGUAGUCAUAAAACUGCAGAAGUACAGUAUUUUGGUGCAAAUUCCUUACAUGUGAAAAUUUCCAGGUUUUGGCAUGAAGUGCCCCCUGAUCAGUAUGACGGUUUACGAAGCAGAUUAUUGGAUAAGAUCAUAGAAUUUGGUGCUGGACCUAAGAUUGUACUCACAAGGCUAUGUGUUGCUAUUUCUUCAUUGAUACUUCAUAUGACACCAGAACAUUGGCCUGAUCCAUUGUUGACAUUAGUACAAAGUUUUCAGGGAGAUAAUAUUCCUAAUUUAAAUAGUACACAGAGGUUACAUAUAUUGUUAGAGACUAUCAGGGUGCUGCCAGAGGAGUUUUUCAGUUCCAGUCUUGCUCAGAACAGACGAUCUCUACUAAGACAAGAACUUACUAAAGGUCUACAGCAUGUUCUGACCUUACUACAGACUCUGAUGAUCCCCACAUCACCAGAAGAUGUACAAGACCAGGCCCUCAAGUGUUUCUCUAGCUGGGUGGAGUUUGGUGUGCCUGUAAUGGAAGGAGAACCUGUGAUACUACAAGUCUUUCAUACUCUGUAUAAUCCUAGUCUGUUUGAUACAGCUGUGGAAAGUCUAGUCAAUGUUUUCUCUCAUCCUGAUUCCCUUAGAUUUCCCUAUACAAUACAAAAAUUCCUUCCAAAUGUAUUGCAGUUAUCUGAGAUGUUUAAAAAGGCCACAGAAUCUUCUGAUAUGGAUGUGUGUCAAGGAAUUUGUCAGAUAGUUGUGGCAUUAGCAGAGAAUCAUACCAAGUUAAUCAUUGAUGCCUCAUUGUGUCUGGACGAUGAGAGGAGAAAUAAUGUAUUAAAUCUGAUUAAAAUGGUUCUAGCCUGCACAUCAAUUCCCGGUCAUUAUCCUAUAGAUGAGAACUUCAGUAACAUGCCUUUUACCUUUUGGUAUGUUCUACAGGAUGAGAUUUUAGAGUCUGACCCGUCAAGAUGUCAGCUAUUACUGCCUGUGAUUCAACCAUUCUUUUUUUCACUGGUAGAAAUUCUGUUAAUCAAAGUCCAGUACCCUGAUGAUCAAACAUAUACUUCUUGGACCUCAGAUGAAGUAGAACAAUUCCGAUGUUAUAGACAAGACAUAGGGGAUACAAUGAUGUAUUCCUUCAGCAUAUUAAGAGAACCGUUAUUAGGAUACUUGUGUUCUGUGUUAGGUUCAUGUGUAGAUAAAAGUGAAGCUAACACAAUACAAUGGCAGCUGGCAGAAGCAAUCUUCUUCCUGUUUGGAUCAGUAGCAGAAAGUGUUGAUUUAGAAGAAAACUUAUACAUGCCUAAUGUUAUGAAUCUCAUUCCAAAACUACCUUAUGACAACAUAAAAUUUAUCUCCACUGCAUUAUAUAUGGUUGGAUCUUUUGGUGAAUGGUUGAAUUACCAUCCAGAUAUCCUUGGAUCAGUGAUACCUCUGAUACUACAAGGUCUAACAAACAGUGAAGUUGCCACAGCAGCUACAAUGUCGCUUAAGGAUGUCACCAGAGAGAACCUAGAUCAUAUCAGCCCAUUCAUUCAUCAGAUCUUAUCUUCUAGUCAGAAUGCAUUGAAUAGCAAUACUCUUAAGAGUAAAGAUUGUAUCAGAUUAAUGUGUUCUAUUGGACAAGUGUUGUCAGUUCUAGAGUUUGAAGAAAUCAUGCAGUAUCUGAACGCAAUAUUAACACCACAUCUACAGCAAAUGGACGAACUGUCUAAACAAGAUCCAUCAACAGUAGUAAAGAAUGCAAUAUUACUUAAGCUGAAGAUGGUGAGUUGGUUGUUCCAGUCAUUAGAUACAGACAGAGAAAAGGAGGAAGAUGUAGAGGAAGGUCAACAAAAACCAGCCAAGGUCAAAUCUGACAAACCUAAACCAGUAUAUGUUGUAUUACAACAGAUAGCACCAGUUGUUCAAGCCUUAGUCACAAAAUGGAUAAUGGAUCCUAGUGUUAUAGAGGCAGUAUGUGAAUUAUUUAAGAAAUCUCUGAGAACUUUAAUGGACGAUUUUACUACAAUAGCACAAGAUGUUUCACAGAUGCUAGUUCAGAUGUAUCAAGCCAUCACACAUCCUGCUAUAUUAGAUCUGUCAAAACAGUUAAUUCUGAUGUUUGGUGAAGAUGAGUGUUAUAAAGAGACAUCAAAUGCCUUAUUUAGAUCUCUAUGUGAUAAAACACUUACUCUCUUUCAACAAGGUGCUAACCAGUCCUUUACAGAUGUUAUAGAAGGAUUUAUGAAUUUCCUGGCUCAGGUUAUGAAGAAAAGCAGACAUAUCAUAUUAAGCAGUGGGUGUAAUAUAACGGGUAUAUUUCAUGCUGGUAUUCAGUCAUUAAGUCUUCCUGAACAUCAUACAGUUAAAGCUUCCUCAUCAUUCCUGAUUGAACUUAUAACAUUCAGUCCAGAGAUACCAACAUUAAAUCAAGUGAUAACCUCAGAUGGACAUGUGCUGGUAGAUAAAGUUUUAAGGUCGGUUGGAGGAGAAUCUCCCAGAAGUAUAAUAGAAAACAUUUCAGACAUUUUGUUUACAUUAAACAAGUGUUAUACAGAGCUUCUUGCAAAAUGGUUGCAUGAUUUACUGGCUAAAGAGGGAUAUCCCUCACCUAGGGUAAACAAUCAAGACAAAGAACAAUUCAUUAAAGCAGUUUUAAGAGAAAAAGGGAACAAAAGACGUGGAAGAGAAAUCGUGAAGGAGUUUACACUUAAAUGUCGAGGACUAUUUGGAACAGAGUAUGCAGCACAAGCAUCUGCAUUUUUGUGAUAGCUGUUCUGUCAGAUGUUAAGGAUCCUGUAUUUGUAGUAUUUGCUCAGCUGUUCAGGAGAGUUGUAGGUUGUAGCAGCAAAGAAAAAAUUAGGGCAUUGAAAAUUUCUAAGUUGACCAAAUCAUUGAUUUUUUUUCCAAGACAAAAUGAUUUAGAGUGAUGUAAACAAACUUAUUUUCACAUGC